AAUUUAUAGUAAGAAUUGUUCAAAAAGACCAAUAUGGAACAAGACCAGGUUUUUUAUGCAAGUCUGAUACACAAAAUCAAAUUUAUAAUACUGCGUCUACUGCUAUUAAUGAAACUUAUCAAAAACUCUUUGAUAACAAAACUCAUUAUUAA